AUGUCCUCCCUCCACAUACAACGCGCCAAGAGGUGGGGAACGACACCGUUCCUUGCGGAGUGGCUCAGCAAUAUGGUCGUUUAUUGCCGGUCGUCCCUCGAAGGGAAGAAGGCUUUUCAAGAAUGGAUAACUAACGAAUACGGCCGUGAGCGAGCGCAAGAGAAGUUUACCGAGUUGGCUAGCCCAGCAGAGGCGAGGAACUUAAAACCUUUACCAGCCAGCAAAGAAGCACACUUCUAUCUGGCGGCGCUGGACUUGGGUGUGUCUGAAAAAGCGAUGCGCGAAUACUUUCAAUUUGCUUUCCGGUUGAAUUUAUGCUCACCUCCUCGAGUUGCGCCCGCACCGAAGCGCCAUCGCGGUGAAUCUUUGGCUGACUGGAUCACGCGUCGUGAUGCAGCCGUUAUGAGUGGGAGCAAUGUUCCCGACAUCGAUUGGCGCGUCAUUCGAGCGAUUGCCUCGUCCGAGAUGCAACUCGGUGCGGAUACUGCUGACGAGUUGCGCUUCGAUCACAAAGCCUUCGUGGACAUGCUUGCGCUGUAUUCCCCGUCAAUCAUCUUGGACAACAAAGACUCAAAUGAAGACAACGGGAUGCUCUAUCAGAGAGAGCUUGCAUUUCAGUCACAGAUGUUCAUCCUGACAAUAUCCAACAUGACGUGGUUCUCCGUCGCAGUGACAUUGAACAAGCUAAUGGAAAAGAAGCUUUCCAGUACCGCUGCCAUCGAGGACGCAUAUAAGAACGAUCGCUCUAUCUUGUGGCGUCUCGUCUCGUGCCUCUGCUUUGUGUCCUACCUCUGCAACGAGCGCUGGCACAGACUGGCAGAGAUGAUCAGUUAUAGUCCAUACUUCCGCCCGUUUUUCACGCGUUACCGAACUGCUACCGGGGAACCACGCAUCAAGGUCAACCAAAAAUAUGUUCAAGAGCACGGAUACUCGAGCGAGCUCGACCGCCUGGUCGUGCAGUUCACGGAGAGUGAUUUCUCGCAGGACGUGUGGUUUAUGGAUCGUCUGGCGAAAUUUCUGAGCGAGAAUCCUUCGGAAGUGAGCAAGUUCAGCGAAGAUGCGUACAGGGAACUGAGCAAUGUCGAACCCGUGGUCGAAUGCAAAAGUCAGCUAGUCGAGACACCAUUCGGUCAAAAACUCGUCAAAUACGCAAUAUCGCAAGACAGCACUUUUCAAGACCCGGAAUUUGUCCACAACACCACGUUUAUGGAUGCCAAAAGGCUGAAGCGGGUCCCCCGGAACAAGACUACGGAUUGGUCGCAUGCCUACACUGUUGUCCGGUCCAUCGGGAACACGUGGCGUCAAAAGGCGACUGGAAAGACGCCGAUAAGAUAUUGGCUGGCCCUGAUGGACAAAAUCAGGCAUGACGCGGAGUCGCCCGAGCUGGCCGCGGCCCUCAAGGAAGGGGAACGCCUUCGAGCAGACUACGCAGAGGUCGGCUUCAAAGGGGACGCCAAAGGAGUUGCGGGCCUCUUGUUGUUCGAUGCAGCAUGGAAGCAAAUCGAGGGGGUGUUGUGGAACGUCGGUCGAGGGCUGGAGAAGGUGCAUAGAGUUGAGGGUGGCGCGCCGGAUGCGUUGCGCCUUUACGACCCGGAAAGCCCGGUCCGGAUCAGCCCCAUCAAGAUGGUAUUUUCGUCGCAUUACAAGGACGGUGUGGCGAAAUAUAAGGCAGAAGGAAGACCGUUUCCUCCAUUCUGGGGCCAGCCGCGCGCCCACUCUGACUGGAUAGAAACGGUUGAUCUCAAGUUCGACUUCGACCUCGAUCCUGACCUGGAUCCCAUUAACGACUUGUGGACGAUGCCAGGUACGGGAAACGACACAGAGGAGACGAAGGUGGAAGAGGUCACCGAAAAGGAUUUGUUCGCCGAGAACUCGCAGGCCAUGUCGUGGGCUGACGAGGUCGAAGAGGAGUUCUUUGGCGGGAAAACUGGCAUCGAAAUCAAUGUGGACUCGGACCUAAUGGACUGGGGGGAGUCGCUCCCAGACUACUUACCCAAAAAGUUCACCAUCGGCAAAAAGAAUUUCAAGGUAUUCCAACGCAUUCUCCCUUUGAAAUCUGGCAGCGCGGCCGCCUCGGAUGAGCCAGCCCCUGAUGUGCGCUGGUCGGACUUCGAGAAGGCCAUGAAACGCAUUGGAUUCGGCGUUUCUCGCUCACGCGUUGGGUUGGCUGUCAGGUUCGAUCCGCCAGCAAAGAUGGCUCGCUCGGUUGUCUUCCAUCGCCCUUACUUGUCUCCAUUCAUAUCGCCGGUCGAUUCGAGACGCCUUGUUUUUUGCUUGGGAACGUGCUACAGAUGGACAAGCAACAAUUUCGAGCGAGGGUCGGCGGAAGAUUGA